AUGUCAUCGGCCAAGGACGACUCUUUUCAAUUGUACGACUUGCGGGUUGAGGUGGUUUGUCCGCCAGGCGAGCGCAUCUUGUGUGGAGCCAAGGAAGGAGACUACUUUACUGUUCAAGGAGAGAUACUACGUCUUCCCGAAGGACAGGGCAUAAGCUUCUACAGCUUAGCGGCAGUACUGCCUCUGCUAGCGGCCAAGCAACGACCAACUCACGCGCAUGAUUGGAUGUCCACGGAUGCAUUGAUCGCAUGUCCGGAUCCGAAUUGUAAAUCUCAGCUUAAGAUCAUACGAACCGGGUUACGGACCUUCAGUCAUGCGGAUACCACGGUGGUUGGUCUGGAAGGAAACUCUUGA